GGAAGGAUAUACAUAUGAGGAGAAUCACAAGAUAGAAAGGCAAUGCAGAAAGGGUACUCACCUCAGCAGGGACGGCAGGAUAAUAUAAUUAUUACAGUCGACGGCGUGGAUGUACCAUUGCCUCAUCUGGCGCCAUCUUCUCAGGGAAUCGGUUGGGAGUGCUGCGGUGUGUGUGGUUGUGCGGGCGCAGGGUUUCCCGUCCGCUAGCAUUCUUUCAUCCACACACGUGGCGGAAGAAGGUCCCGGUUCAUCGUCAUCUUGAUCGCCCGAUUGCCCGCACCCGGCGUUAUCUGCACGCCGCAAGAUAUAUCUCCUUGUUUUCCCCCCAGCCGGUGGUGUUCUGCGCGACCGGAGUCUUGAAACCGUUUCUUCCCCCUUUACCUAACUCACUGGGAAGCGGCCUUGGGAUUGGAGUCCCCUUGGAGAGAGAAACGAUAAUAACCUAACGGGCAAAAGAUUUCUCUUAUCAAGAAACCAUUAGGCUUUUACGUCCGGCCUGUUAACUGCACUCCAACCCUCCGGCCGCUUCUUGGCAUUGCUUCAUCGGCCUCUGCUAUGCGAUAAUCUUGGGUCGCAUCUCUUGGUUGCCCAUCACCUCUUUUUCCCCUAUCGCCUUAUGCCUACGAAUGACUUUGCCACUCGACAUUUGAACCUCGUCAAUUUUUUUUAUCUUUAUCCCUUCGCAAUCUUUUCUGUAACCAUCCCGGCAGUCACCUGCAUAAGCCAUCUCUGCCAUCCGGUUCGUCCUUGCGAAAACGCCAAAGCCAACCUUAUCAUCAACAUCCCGAACCUCUCCUGACAGACAGCCCACAGAAGACCCUUUUGGCGUUUGGGGCUGAAGGUAUAUGCAAGCUGCACACAGAAACUCGCCAACCAGAAAAAAGCCUAGCUAAUUCUCCGCUAUCGCGGCACAGCCACUUUCGAUCCGAUAGCACUCGCUGCAGGACCCUCCACCACGCGAUAACCACUGGCUGAACUCUUGGCAGCCACCACCACCACCACCCACCAUAAUCAAGACAACCAUGCCAGCAUGGCUACAGUGAUGGGCGACGUAUUGGGAGAAUCGCCAUCUCGAUUUCAUAGCAUGAUUGCGGGGCCGGCCAUUCAGCACCAGCACCCGCACGACAUUCACUUCCAGGCCCGUCCAGUUCCAGUCAGCCGAACAACAACAGGUUGCGACCGGGAUGCCCAGCAGUCCCACCACUCGCGCCCGACGGCGAGCCCCAGACGGCAAGCCUCUUCGUCAACACCGCGCAGAGACUGGCAGGAUUCACCAGUGCCGACGCCAGUGGUCGCAGACAAGCCAGCAAAGCAACAACGACAAACACCGUCGAGCCGACCCCCGAUGUCGAGUGGUGGGGCCAGCCGCCGCCUCCCGUCCCCGCCUUCUUCGUCGUCUUCGUCGUCUGAUCCCUCCUCCGGUGGCGCUGGGCCGCAGUAUGACGUCUCGACCGAAAGAGUUCACGAUGCCGCCAGCGGUCCGCCUUCUGUCGCGGGCUCGACCACCUCGUCCCUCAGUACCGCCGCAACCGUAGUGCCAGGAUCCAAGGCGAUGCCUUCUCCUGCAUCGGAUCACGGUCGGCACCGGAAUCCAUCCGCGGAUGUCGACAUCGUCGAUGCGCCCCCCGUUUCGAUACCCCUCAGCAACAAUGCCCCAAGUCCGCCGAUAGAAACCCAAAAGACAAUCUAUGUCCAAGACCUCGCACAUAUCCAGACCCUGGCCAAGGUCGAAAAUCUUAAUGCCACCGGCUCAGGGAACCUUAAUGAUCCCCCACUACAACAGAUGAAGUACGAGAUUAGCGCGAUGCCUAUAGGAGAUAUUAUCGAAAUGGUAGCCGCCCUCCUUACCAAGAUUACCACCACCAACGACCUCCAACACGAUGCUCUGAACCGAAACGCGCACCACCUCCGACAAGCCCAGGCGCAAGCGAGGGGUGAGGAAGCUGGUGGGGACGCCAACGGAAGCCCUCUAAGCAGCAGUGUUUUGGCGUUUCACGGUAAAAACGUUCCCUCGAUUAGCAUACUGAGCUAUCUUGGUCGGAUACACAAGUACUGUCCCACCACGUACGAAGUCUUUUUGAGUCUGCUGGUCUAUUUUGACAGGAUGACGGAGCGGGUCAACGAUAUGGUGGUCAAGAGCGAGGAGGCACGACGGAUGCAAUACGUGCAUGCGCAAGCUAUGAAACCGGCGGCAGAUCCAGACACGGUCAUGCGGGACAGUAACGAGGCGGAAGAGGAUAGCGACGAGACGGACUCUGAUCUUGCAGACACCGAUGAGGAAACUGGGAAGGGGAUCACGAUCGAAAGCAACAGUUUUAACACGCAUUCAGCAGCUGGACAGGCGACAUAUUUUGUGGUGGACAGUUACAACAUCCAUCGGCUUAUUAUUGCGGGGGUGACGUGCGCCAGCAAGUUUUUUUCUGAUGUGUUUUACACCAACUCGCGAUAUGCCAAGGUUGGCGGUCUCCCCCUGGCUGAACUGAACCACCUCGAACUUCAGUUCCUGCUGCUCAACGACUUUCGCCUGGCUGUUCCUGUGGAAGACUUGGAGGCCUAUGCCACCAUGCUGGUUGAGUUUUAUGCGAGGGAAGUUGUCUCGCAGAAGCCAGACGCGGAGUAAUGCGCUUGAUUUUGGCCCCAUGGGAACGAUAUGGCUACUUUGACCUUGGCUUUCGAGGGGGGUAAUGGCGUGGGUGUCGAUUGUGCAUUUGGCUAUGUACUUGUCAGAAUAUUUGCAACUUGUCGAAUAGGGCGGAGUCGACGUAGGUGAGAGAGAAAAACCAAGUUGAAAGAUGGCCAAUGUUUCCUUGCUCGUGGGAUUGAGCUAGAAAGGGAGUUUCAUGACGGACCCUUUUUUUUUUCUUCUUUACAUUUUCUUAACAUUGGGAAUUCAAAUCUUAGAUGGAAC